UAAAGUUAAAUCAACAUGGCUCACGCAAAUGUCUGGAAUGCUCACCCCCGCUCCAACGGCAAGGGUUCUCGUCAGUGCCGUGUCUGCGCUCACCGUGCUGGUCUGAUCCGCAAGUACAACAUCAACAUCUGCCGUCAGUGCUUCCGCGAGUACGCUAGCGAUAUUGGCUUCAACAAGUACCGUUAAAAAAUGUACAUGAAAGCGUCCUUCCUCUUUCAGCCGAGGAAGUGAUGAUGUUCUGGGGAGAAAUGGAUUUUCUUGGUCGCCCGUCUGUAGAAAUGAUCUGCUUUUGUGUGUACCUGAAUAUAUAUAGCAACCCAGACAUCCAAAUUCAAUAGAAAAUCAUUUUAACAAAUAACAACAACAUCAAAAAUU